AUGAAGGAUUCUUUCACUCUGUACCCCUACUCCCCUUCCCCGAUCUUUUUUGCGGCCCACCCUUCAUCAAGCAGUCCUCCAAGCACGGCCUCUUCGUCUGGCUACGAACUCGAAGUUCUCGAUAGUGACUGGAACCGCUUUGAGGAGAGCAAGCUCAAUAUGCAGAAGGACACUGCCUCAUCUACUCUCGUCUCGACGGAAACCUCUGCCUCUCAUUUCGGCGCUUCUGAUCAUAGUGACGUCAAACAUAUCUCUUUCGCACAAUAUCCGACUUCAUCAGAGGACCAGAGCCAGGACCUAGGAGGCAAGGACAGAACGAUGGACUAUGUAACGGAGUCCCACGCGCGAACUCACAGCAGCGACCUGUUCUCGCAAGAGUCAUCGUUCGCCCGCUCAGUGUCCUCUAGGGCAGCCUCCGAGUGCGACGAUAUGCUGACUGGACCGACGGAGUGGCAGUCGCUUAGAGGCAGCAGUCUAGACCAAAGUCUACCCGGAGGCAGCAUCAAACAAGAAGCAAGCAGGAGUCAAACGCACCUCAGCCAUCUGUACGCAGGUCUCUCGGAAGCGUUCUCGCAGCAGCACCUGGCAGAGAGUGUUGGCCCUCACGUUGCACAAGUCUCGCACUCCAUGCCGGAUCGGAUGGGCCAGCAUGCAUGGCAAGCACAGCCACCGUUUGCGAUCCAUCCAGAACACUACCAACGACGCGAUAGCGAAUGCUCCGGCUUUUCAUCGAAUUUCAAUUUCGAAGAAUUCAUUUCGGAACGCGAUCAGGCCGCUGAAAGAGCAGCUGCCUCGGACUACAUUGGUCUCAGUGGCCAAUACGUCGAUGUUGCUACACCAUUGGACGCCAAUCCCUUCUUCUUUCAACAAAUUCAGGACCAGCAACAAGGCUACACGAAUCCACCUUCGAAUGUCUUCCCUGCGUCAUCAAGCUCUUCUGUGACCUCUCACCACAGUCUGGCCUAUCACAGUGACUCGAACCUUCUCCGCCCCUCUUCAGCCUCUCACGUCAGCUCGGCGUCCUCUGUGGCAGCGUCCUCGCCCAGGAUGAUAGACUCGUCGCUCCGACGUGAUGGCGAAUGUCACGUGUCAUCGCCAGCAUCGUCGCAAGGGUCUUGCACGGGAGGCAGCUUUCAUCGCUCGUCAGGGCUAGUGCGCAGUCAAAGUCUUCGUGCCUAUACGCAAGCCGCCCAGGUCUCCCAUCCGCAUGCAUAUCAUCCCUCCCUCCAGAUCGUCUCACCCUCGAGUGCACAUUUCGGGUCAAGUGCUGCAUUCGACCUGAACCCCAUAGGGCCAAACCAUCCCUUUGUGCACCCUACUUUGAGACGCUUGGCAAGGCCUGCGGGCUCUGUGCGAAGCAGCUCCACAUCCGACCUCCACGAGAGCUUGUCUUGCAAUCCUCAAUUCAUCACUCCGCCAUAUUCGGCAUCCGGCAGCAGCCACUACGAGGUGCAUUCGACGGUGUCAUCGCCUGGCACUUUCCAAUUGGGCACUCAGAGCCUCUUCAGCUUCUACGACAAUUUGGAAAGUCCAAGCUCAUCGACGGUGUCUUCACCUCAACAGUGGCAUUCUGCUCUAGCCAGCGACGACGGCCAUUCAUCGUGUGGUGGCACGGUCGCAGAGGAGGAGGAAACAUAUCGACAGCCCCCAUAUACAUCCGUCGCCGCCUCGCCACUUCAGCUCUCCGGAUCGCUACCCACUCGACCUUCGAUGCUUCGUCCCUCCAGCUGGGCACCAGCCAUGAACACGUCUUCGCCGUCGUCAUCCUCGCCAUCACUGGCAGGCCAGCCAAUGCGCUCUACUCGCUCCUCGGCCGGAGGAUCGGCUGCUGCCUCAUCACCGUACAGCCUGGGGUCGGCCUUCAAUCACUCCUCUCCUGGAGCGCCGCAGAACACACAACGUCUCUCCGACCCCUAUUCGGGCGUGAUCACUAAGCGCUCCCGCGGUCGUCGCGUCCCUUCGACACCCGAAGAGAUGACCAACGUGGACAAGUCGGGCAAGGUGUACACCUGCAAAGUGCCUGGAUGCGGCAAGCUCUUCAAGCGCAGCGAGCACCUCAAGAGGCAUAUCAGGAGUAUACAUACUGACGAGAAGCCUUUCACGUGCAAGUUGUGUUGCAAGAAGUUUAGCAGGCACGACAAUCUGAAUCAGCACAUGCGUGUUCACGGUGAGAGCGGCAUGGCUGGUGGUGAUGACGAUGAUGACGAGGACGACGAAGAGGAGGAAGGACAAUGCUCUCGCUCCGGGUCUAGCUCCAGAUCGCCUCCUUCUCACGCUGAGACCCGCGGCGGCACCGUCGUCUCUCGACGCUCCAGACCUCGAGGCAAGACCACUCGGGGGCGCGGCUCUGGCGAGGAUGACGUCUUCUCCUUCGAGGACGAUGAGAAGAAGCCCUUCUAG